AUGAAAAAAUAUGGUGAUAAGAGAAAGAAGUUAAAGAAGCAGAUCAACACUCAUCAAAGGAAAAAGACUUUUAAAUGUGGGAAAACACUGAUUCGCUCUGAUUGCAUACAGAGACACAUGAGGGUACAUACAGGGGAAAAACAUUAUCAAUGUGAUGUGUGUAGAAAGAAAUUCACAGCCUCAGAUACUCUAAAAAGUCACAUUAGGAUACACACACGUGAAAAACCUUAUCAAUGUGAUGUGUGUGGGAAUACAUUCAUCCAGAAAUCCUCCUUACAGAGUCAUCUGAGGAUACACACAGGUGAGAAACCUUAUAAAUGUAAUGUGUGUGGAAAGGCAUUUAUUAGGAAAUACCAUUUACAAAGUCACCUUAGGACACAUACAGAUGAUAAACCUUAUAAAUGUGUUGUCUGUGGGAUGCUUUUCAAAUUUCCAGGAAGUCGAGAAAAACACAUGGGGAAGCAUACAGGUGAUAAACUACUUAAAUGCAAUGUGUGUGGGAAGGCUUUUGUUGGAAAAUACUAUUUACAGAGACACCUGCGGGCACAUACAGAUGAAAGACCUUAUAAAUGUGACCUCUGUAAGAUAGCUUUUAAAUUUCAAGAACACCUAAGAAGACACAUGAAGACCCAUACAGGUAAUAAACAACAUAAGUGUGGAGUGUGUGGAAAAGCUUUCACCCGAGAAGAUAACUUACGAUGUCAUAUAAGGAGCCACACUGCUGAACAACCAUUUAAAUGUGAUGUUUGUGGAAGAGCAUUCUCUACCACAGAACAACUAAAGUGCCAUCUGAAGGUACAUGCUAGUGAGAAAAAUUAUGAGUGUUUCGUGAGGCUGAGGAAAAUCACAGAAAAAUCAGAUUUGAAGAUACAUUUGGUGACACACAAAUGUGAAAAACAAAGGAGUUCCCAUCAGGCAUCAGACUCUUUGAAAGGCCCAAGGCCACAUAGAGUUGAGAAACUUUUCAAUGAUAAAGAUUUAGAUGGCCAGUCACACAACAUAGAAGGACCAAGCACACAUCAGGGUAAAGCUCCAUAUCAUUGUAAUGUUUGUGGGAAAGUAUUUAGUAAAUCGGUAAAUUUACAGAGACACAAGAAGAUACAUACAAGUAAGAAACCUUAUAAAUGUUUAGUGUGUGAAAAAGCAUUUUGUGAAAGAGGGCAUUUGUUGGGACAUAUGAAGAAGCAUGCUGGUACAAGUCUUGUAACCUCUGCUGAAAAAGAAUGUUUGAAGAAACACCUGACUGUGGACACUGGUGAAAACUAUUUAGACUGUGAUGAAAAUGGAAAGUCCUUGGGUCAAAAACAUUACUCAGAGAAGCACAGAAAGAGACAGAUUUGUGAGAAACUUUUAAAAUGUGAUGUAUGUCAGAUGACCUUCAAUGAGAAAAAUGAACUGGAAAGACACAAGAAAACACAUCAUUGUAAGAACCCAUUUGUUGAUAUGUGCAGGAUUGUAUGUGAUGAAAUUGGGAAAUUUGAUGAAACAGUAAGAGGAUCCUGUCUCUGUGACUUGUGCGGGAAAAUUGUCCCUUGUAUGGAGGGACACAUGAGGAUCACACACGUGUGGAGAUUUAUAAUUGUAACAUGUGUCUGGAACCUUUCACUGAACAUUCUAAAUUAGAACAUGGUAGAAAACUUCAGUGUAAUAACACAUCAAAGGAAUCUACUGGAAAGAACUUAAAUCCUAAAAUUGGACAGUUAAACAAGUUGAGGAGGAUUCCUAAUGGACAAAAGUCGUGUACAUCCAAAGUUCAUGGAAAGAUUGACACUUGCGUGGAGAGACACAUGAAAACACACAUACACAAAAAAGGUCAGAAAGGUAAAGUGUGUGAAAAAGCCCGCAGUCAUAAAACAACAUUGCAAAGACACACAAGGACACCUACAGAUAAUAAAGCCUAUAGAUAUGAUGUAUGUGGGGAAGUACUCAACCAUUCAGGGCAGUCAAGGAGACGCAGAGGGAUUGACUUAGGUCAUAGACGCUAUAAAUGUCAUUUGUGUGGAAAAGCGUUCACAUUCUUACAUUCCUAAAAGAGACACAGAAAGAUACAUACAGGUGAAAAGCGGUAU